CACCCGUGUACCUUUUGAAAUGGACGCGAACGACGAUAUCGCAAAAAUUCACAAUAAUGACAUGGAAAACAAAAUCACGGAGGCCUUUGAUCUGUUCGACCAUGAACGUAACAAAACGAUCGACUUUCGUGAACUGGGAACAGUCGUCCGAGCCAUCGGUGGAGUACCUUCGGAGGCAGAAGUCCUACAAAUGGUUCGAGAGCUAGAGAACGAUCCGCCGAAUGGUUAUAUAAACUUCGAAAGGUUUCUCCCACAUAUGAUGGAAGCGAUAGAACAGGAGAAGUUUGCUGGAGCUUCAGAAGAGGAAUUAAUGAAGGCAUUUGCUAUUUUAGACCCGGAAAAGAAAGGAUACAUGACUGCUGCAGCACUGGAAUCUAUUAUGGCGAACGAAGGUGAACAAUUCAGCUCGGACGAACUGGAGGAAAUGCUCGCGGCAGCUACUGAUACGUCAAAAGGAAAAAUUGUUUAUCGCGAAUACGUAGUCUUACUCACCACAUACGACGACAUGUGA